AAAUCCAAUGGGGUAAAGAAGUCAUACCUCACUCUUGGCCCUUCAUGGCAUAUAUAAGUUUCUAUGAUAUGAACACCAAAAAAGUCUACAGUUGCAGUGGUUUUCUGGUGCAAGAUGACAUUGUAAUCACGGCCGCUCACUGUUAUGGAAGCAAAAUCAAUGUCACCUUGGGUGCUCAUGAUAUCAACAAAAAGGAAGACACGCAGCAGGUUAUUCCUGUUCUCAAAGCAGUCCCUCAUAAGAGCUAUAAUUCUCAAACACUGGUCAACAACAUCAUGCUCUUGAAGCUGAAAUAUAAAGCUCAUCUCAACACAGCUGUGAAUACCAUUGCUCUGCCAAAGAGCCAGGACUGGGUAAAACCUGGGCAAGUGUGCAGUGUGGCCGGCUGGGGAAGACUGGCUAAUGGACAGUCUUCGAACACACUGCAGGAAGUGGAUCUUGAAGUUCAGAAUGAACAGAAAUGCGAAAGCAUCUUUCAAAACUACAACAAUGCCAUCCAGCUGUGUGUGGGAAACCCUUAUGACAAGAAGUCUACUUCUUUUGGGGAUUCCGGGGGACCAUUUGUGUGUAACAAGGUACCCCAAGGCAUUGCCAGCUAUGCCCAAAACACUGGAAAACUUCCUCAUGUCUUCACUAGGACCUCAAGUGUUAGGUCUUGGAUUGAGGCAACAAUAAAGCUCCUUAAGCAUCUCUAGAAGACAAGCCCUGUGUUCUGGGCCAGUGUUUGCAGCCUGGGGUCCAGGUACUUUAGUCUUAAUAAAGAAAUCUCUCCAAGCA